AGGGCAGGGACAAUCCAAGGGCGUGCCAGCCCUGCUGCUCUUCAGCGUGGAGGCUCUCAUGGCUGACCACGACAGGAAGCCCGGCGGCCAGGAGCUGGUCUCACCACUGGCCCUCACCAGCCAUUUUGCCUUUGGGGGCUUAGUGAAGCUGCCCAAAGAGGCAUGGGUCAACGCUGAAAUCCCGGAGAAGGGGUGGUGA